GUUGCGAUUUUUGCCUACGAUAAUAUGGCUUUGUAUCAUCACCACGGGGCUUGUCGAUAUUUUUACGAAUUAUGAAGAGAAUGGCUGUGAUAUGACGUGGAUGUUUAAGUACCCACAGUAUCUGAAGGUGAAAUUGAGCGAGCGAGUUUCUGAUGAAUUUCCCAACUAUGGACUCUACUUCUAUGAUGAAGCAGGGGAUUAUUCUGGAAAAAGUGGUGUGUUUCACCUCCAUGGUAUUCCUGUUCUGUUCAUUCCGGGCAAUGCUGGCAGCCACAAGCAAGUGCGCUCUCUUGGUUCCGUGUCGUUGUGGCGGACACGCGAUAAGAUGGCGACAUAUCAUUUCAACUACUUCAGUGUUGACUUCGAUGAGGAAAUGUCAGGAAUGAGUGGCAGUUUGCUGAGAAAAGAAACAUAUUUUGUUCAUCAUAGCAUUAAGAAAAUUCUCAAACUCUACAAAAAAGCCAAGAAUCCUCCCACGAGUGUUUUGUUGGUUGGGCAUUCAAUGGGAGGCGUUGUGGCAAGAGGACUCUUCCUCCUUAAGGACUUCAACCCAUCCACAGUUCACACCAUAAUCACUCAGGCCUCCCCGCAUCAAGCAGCAGUUGUACCGGCUGAUUUUGUGUUGGCAUCGUAUUAUGCAAAAGUUAAUCGAUAUUGGCAGGAGCGUGCCAAUACGACUGUCAGCCAUGUGGCUAUGGUAUCCACAGGCGGUGGCUACAGGGAUCUCUUGGUCAGGGGUGGUCUCACAUCAAUUGACAGCGUUGUUGAUAGUACCCGUGGCAUCAGCUCUAAUACGAUGUCCGUGCCAAAAGCUUGGGUUGGCACAGAUCACAAAUGUAUUGUUUGGUGUAGGCAGUUUGUUCUUGCAACAGUUCGAGCAACCAUGGAUAUCGUGGACCCAGCCACGAGGCAGAUAACUGAAGACACAGAGCUGAAGAUGAAAGUUUUCAGGCAUCAUUUCGUUCAACAUCCCGGUACGAAAGAGUUCAAGAGCGACUUCGAGGAGACUUUAAAAUUGAAAGUGGAUAAAGCUGCCUGGGAGGAGAGAUCAGAAUCUUCUUGGGUUAUGCAGAAAAAGAUUACGAGGACAACCUAUAUUGCUGUUCCUGUACCUGCUGAGAAAUACUUGGUUGCUGUCACUGAUGCUGAGACCGAUGAUUGGAUUGGUGGAUGCCAAGCCCCUGAGGGACAGAAGUGCUCCGAAGUGGAAAACCUCUCCCAGCUAGGAAAAGUCAUAGCCCCUCGAGAACUGGGAAGGAAAGCUAUCCAUCUCUCCCCAUCAGAGCUGCAAGGAUUCUCUCAUGUUGUCUUCAUGCUGGAAAGACAAGCAAUUCCUGAGGUAGAUUGUCAUACAACUAGUGAGGCUCAGCUGAUGGUGGAGACAUAUGAUGAAGACCAGCGCCAUUUGAACCUGAGCGUCCCUGGGUUCUUUACCGAGUUCCCUCGUACAAUGCUCGAGAGAAACAUCGUGAUCCCUGAAACUGCCCCCGGUGCCAUUUUCUAUAACCUGUCGGUACCCUGGUUGGAGUCUGUACGGCAAGCUUACAAGGUCCAUGUCACUCCGCUCAAGUGUGAAGGUAGAUACCGAACUGGUACGAUGAGUUUACAUGUGCCCUGGGCAAAUGAAGACACAUCAGUUAAUGCAAGUGCUACGGAGCCUUCAGAACUGACUAUGAAAUUCCAGACAGGGAUGCCUAAGGAUUACCCCAUCCUACCUCAACUGCAUCUCCAUCUUGAUCCUAAUUGCCGGUACAAGGUGGAAGUGGCUUUGUCCCUACCAGAAAUAUUUGGACAGAUCGUCAGGUUCUUUUCGCCUCUCGUCCCUGGUGUCAUGGUCUCACAGUUCCUACUCGUGUUGUCAUGGCAACUCAUGCAAUCAUCAAAACAAGAUGUUGGUGAUCUCUCCUUCAUCACCUCCUUCACCAGUGCCACCAAUCCAAAGAGGCUGUUCCCCUUUGUCAUGCUCCCAACACUCUUGAUGGGAAACGAGGCGGUACACCGUACGCUGUUCGAUGUCCUUGGCCUUCCUCUAACCGACGGCUACUUCCUAACACAGAGAAACAUCUGGAACACCGGGACAUACCCGAGUGUUAUCUUCAUGACCAACGCCUUAUCCUUCGCAGUUGGUUAUUUCCUCUACGGAUAUUUCCAUUUCGUUGCGAUGGUGGCUGGACUGUGUUUCAAAAGAUGUGUUGCAUCUGAAACGGUCCAAAAGGUGCUGGGUGUGUUGGAAUACGUGAUCCUUGCUGCAGCUGUGAUGACAUCUCUUGGAACCUGUGGUGCUAUUGGUAUUUUCAUGCUCAUGAAACUACAAGGGUUGAAGGUGAUCGGCCUUCUCAUGCAGUCAUCGAAUGAAGAAAAGAAGACGUCUUUCCAUUUGCACUUUACUGUGCUCUUACUCUAUGCAUUAUCAUUCCUCAUCAAUGGUGCUCCCCUCGUUCUAUGGGCAAAAACAUUCAGACAGUCGUUAACCUUACUAAAUGACUCUUCACGCAAUCCUGCCAUUGUGCUGUGUUUGACGGCCAUGGUACUCAGUUACUGUGAUAGAAGGAAUUCUCUCAGAUCAGUCCCCACCGUUGCGUUAAAGAUGAUCCACACUGCCGCCGUCCUGAUCAUGUUUUAUGGAAUGUCGUCUGUCUACCGAGUGCCGUACUUCCUCUGUGCCGUCUUCAUCAUCCUGGCACUUUCGGGUGUUUACAGGAUGAUCGUCGGACCGCCACAAGUUAUAGAAUCAGAAGUUGAGGUGGAGAAGAAGACUCAGUAGAUCGGUCAUUUUUGGAGGACUUUAGCUGAUUUCAUUGCACCCUUGUGUGGUAAAAAAUACGUGUUGAAGAGGGUGGAAUGUCCUUAAUCAUGUUGAUACAAGUAUUGUUGAAUACUCUGUUGAUGAAACAUAAGUUGACCACAUGGAUGCAGCCUUAUGUGGUAAACUAACGUGUUGAAGAGGGUGGAAUGUCCUCAAUUAUAUUACAAGUGUUGUUGAAUACUCUGUUGAUGAAACAUAAGUUGACCACAUGGAUGCAGCCUUAUGUGGUAAAAUAACGUGUUGAAGAGGGUGGAAUGUCCUCAAUUAUAUUACAAGUGUUGUUGAAUACUCUGUUGAUGAAACAUAAGUUGACCACAUGCAUGCACCCUCGUGUGGUGAAAAUACGUGUUGAAGAGGGUGGAAUGUCCUUAAUCAUGUUACAAGAAUUGUUGAAUACUAUUUUUUGAUAUUAUACAUAUAACGUUCAUUGAGACAACAACAAAUCGGAUCCUACAUGUAGGUCGGCAUAUUUAUACAUAAUAUGAUUACAAAUGUCAAAACAAAUUGGGACCGGGACAGUUUGGGAAAUUACAUAUAUUCACAAAGGUAAAUGGGCAAUAAAAACAAACUGGUGAGGUGAUAAGCAAAUGAUUCCAUGUAAAAAACCAGAGGUUUUAGAUUAAACAAUUACUGAAUGGGAUUAUUGUGUCCUCCCCAGUUAAUAGCGCUUGUAAUUAUCAAUGCAAUUACAAGUAGCCUCAAUACUGCCUUGACAAUUCGGCAGGGCUGUACACGCAAAUAACCCUUCCUCUUUAGAAAGACGAAAGUGCAGAUCCAAAACAGGACAAGUUUCCACAUAACAUGUGAUAGGUUUCAACUCGUAGUUAGUAGUGCUUGUGAUUAUAAAUGCAAUUACAAGCAGCCUCAAUACUGCCUUGACAAUUCAGCAGGACUGUACACGCAAAUAACCCUUCCUCUUUAGAAAGACGAAAAAGUGCACGUCCAAAACAGGACAAGUUUCCACGUAACAUGUGAUAGGUUUCAACUCGGAGUUAAUAGCGCUUGUGAUUAUCAAUGCAAUUACAAGCAGCCUCAAUACUGCCUUGACAAUUCGGCAGGGCUGUACACGCAAAUAACGCUUCCUUUUCAGAAAGACGAAAGUGCACAUCAAAAAUAGGACAAGUUUCCACGUAACAUGUGAUAGGUUUAAACUCGGAGUUAGUGCUUGUGAUUAUAAAUGCAAUUACAAGCAGCCUCAAUACUGCCUUGACAAUUCAGCAGGGCUGUACACGUAAAUAACCCUUCCUCUUCAGAAAGACGAAAGUGCACAUCAAAAAUAAGACAAGUUUCCACGUAACAUGUGAUAGGUUUCAACUCGGAGUUUUCUUUUUUCCCCCUUGUGUAGUAUUCAGUGUGUUGUGAACCAGGUGUGCCAUAUGUGUACUCUUCAAGAGUGAAACCUUUAGUAGGGUCUUUUGUAGCAUUUUUUAACUAAAUGGCAUUUCAAGACGGCAGUGACACCUAUUUUUCCUUUGACACCUACAUUCAGGUCACCUUUGAAAUGAGUUCUCUGGUGCAGCAUAAUAAUUUGUUUUAUAUAAAUUUUUGUGCUGUGAAAGUCGGUCAGUGGCAUGGGGACUAUGUGCGGGAACUUGAUGCAUCUGUGUAAUGAGAGGUUCAAAACAGGUGUCACUGCUGAUCUUGCUGUUGAAAAGAUUAUUGAUGCCUGGAAUUAAUUUGUAUAUUUCGUAAAAUUUUACAUUUUCUGUAAAUUUUUGGUACUAGAUGUGCUUUUGUGUAUUAAAUGUAGGCUUCUAUAGAUUUUUAGAUCUUUAUGAUAAAAUUCUGUUAUUCUGUUAUGUUUCAACAAUUCACUUUACGUCCUGGUAACCACCCUCAUACUCCUUAAGCAUUUCUGUCAACAAAACUAAGGGUGUGGUUGCUAGAAGAGGGUCAGUUCCCAGCACCAAUCUUCAUUAUAUUCCUCCUGCAGCUGUGCUAGAAGAGGGUCAGUUCCCAGCACCAAUCUUCAUUAUAUUCCUCCUGCAGCUGUGCUAGAAGAGGGUCAGUUCCCAACACCAAUCCUCAUUAUAUUCCUCCUGCAGCUGUGCUAGAAGAGGGUCAGUUCCCAACACCAAUCCUCAUUAUAUUCCUCCUGCAGCUGCUUCAAACAAAUGUUGUUUUCGGUGGGUGUUUUCCUUUAAUCGGUUCCUGUUGCCUGAAUCUGCAACAUCUUCCUCUUUGCAUCAUAUAAAUAUCCUUUACUAGAGUGUUGUUGUUUCGGAACAGUUAAUAACGUAUAGUAUUUAUAAUAAUAAUAAUAAUAA